AUGCAGCUACUGGGCCAGAUCUUUCGAAGGUACGCCAGCUUACGAGCCAAACUGAGGGCAGAACAGGUGAGCAAAAAUAUGAGCCACAGUGCGAGAAGCCGCGUGAGCAACGAUGCGUACGGAACGCACGGAUCGCACGGAUCGCACGGAUCGCACGGAGAGGCGGGCAGCCCCAACGGCGUAAGCAGAAGACAGCGGGAGAGGAACACAAAAAUAGAUGCAAAAAUAUAUGAACAGUUAAAAAAAAAAAUGCUGGGGAAACCCAUGAAUAAGUUGCAAAGGAAAUACCUGAACGAGAAGAGGCCCAAUUUUGCGCCCAUAUUUUUAGACCAGUUAAAGCCAAGAAUGAUACUGUACAAAACGGCCAUUCAAGUGAGUGAGCUGCCCUUACCAAAAUAUCCAGAAAUAGCAUUCAUAGGCAGAUCAAAUUGUGGAAAAUCUACCCUAAUCAACGAAUUGUGUGGAAGAACAAAUAAAGCGAAGGUGAGUAAAUUACCAGGAUGCACGAAAGAAAUACAUUUUUAUAAAAUAGCAAAACCUUGCUUGUUAUGUCUAGUCGAUUUGCCAGGAUAUGGGUUUGCCCAUAGUAAGGAAGAACUACGACUACAGUGGAAUGAAUUUACUUUAUUUUAUUUAAAAAACAGAAAAAAUUUAAAAAAAGUUUUUGUUCUCAUUGAUUGCAGAAUUGGACUGAAAACAAGUGACAAAGAAUUGCUCCAUUUUUUCGACCGUUAUAAUAUUAAGUACCAGAUAGUCUUAAGCAAAUGUGACUUACUGAAUACGAAAGACUUAGCCAUAAAGAUUCAAAUCGCGAACGAGGAAAUCGCGUGCUUUAAAAAUUUGGAGGCCCCCAUCAUUCCCCUCAGUUCGCUCAAAAGGCAGAACUUGAAUGAGCUGCGGAGGGAGAUUGCCCGGUACCAGCUAAACAAAACCAUCGUUAAAAAUAACAUCGUCAUGAAGAUCAACGACUUGAUCGAGCAGAGGCGGUUGCGCAAGUUGGCGGCGGGCGCGAUUAGCGGUGUUGGCGGGGUUAGUGGUGUUGGCGGCGUUGGCGAUGUUAGCAGCAUUGGCGAUGUAAGCAGCGUUAGCGGCGCAGUGGAGGGCCAGCAUAACCGCCCCCCGGGGACCCCCCCAGACGGGGGCCACGCAGAAGGCAUAAGCAAAAGCAAAGGUAAAAGCAAAACUAAAACGACCAGCGUAGGGGAGACCCUGUCGAAGGACAUCCUACUCAGCGAUGACACCAUUUCGGACGCAUUAAAUAGGUGGAAAAAAAAGGACACACCGAUGGUGGACAGACCUUUUAAUCAGUUUAUGAGUUCCCACAUGAAGAUUAUAAUAAGUGCCCUGCAAGAAAAGUUUCUGCGCCACUGCCGUGAAGAGUUUAACGAGAGCGACCUAAACAUUAUUGACGACGUGAUUGAAAAGUGUGGUAAACUGGGCCACCAAGAUGAGAAUUUGGCGAACCCAUCCACAAGGCAGAUAAAUGAUGCAGAACAGUUCUGCGUGAACAACACACGGGGUCAUCACAAUAAGGGGACCACCUACAUGCAAAAUAAACAAAGGAAAUACAAGAAAGGGUUGCAGUUAACGGAACAGCAAAUGGAAGGUGACAGGGGGGAGAGGCACCCUGGGGGAGAGACCAUUGGCAACGAAUCUAAUAAGGAUGUUAGUGAAGAUUUACCCCCACGGGGAAGAUCCCAUGGAGGAGCCAGUAAAAAGAUUGAUGUGAAAGAAAAUAAGAAAACCUACGUGGGGAGCAGCGAAACGGUGUCAGAACAGACGUGGGGUGCCGACCAACCGGUGGGUGAUAAUCACUCAUCAUAUUGUUCAAACGGUCUGGAAGUUCCCCACAGUGUUGGGCAUAAAAACAAAACUGGUGAUUAUUCAAAUCUGCCCUUGCUAAGCAGUAUCGACUCGAUGGAACUAGAAAAGGAGCUACUCUUGGACAGUCUGCUUUUAUCGGAUGAAAAAAAGAACAACCAAUAUGAGUACCUCCAUUGCGAAGACGUAAAAAUGGAUAAUCUAUUUGAAGCAAAAAUAAACCAAUCAUGUAGCGAUCAGUUUAAACGUGAGGAUUAUUCCAAAGUUAAGGAAAACCUUCUGUUGGAAGAAGAAGAUACAUAUACCCCCGAGGAUUAUGCAAGUGGGUUAAAGAGGAGUAAAGCGGCCACACAGAAUGGGGACAUCCUCUCCAGUUACGCCUUUAACAUAAAGGAUAAAGGCACGCAUCAAAUAUACGAAAAAAUAAAGUCAGAUGCGUACAAGAUGUAUAGAAGUAGGCAGCUAGAAAGUUUAGAAGCGCAAACCAGUUGGGGAACACCUGGACGAGGCAAAAAUGUGCACAAGGGGGAACCGCACACUACCGUUCGUUCCGCUUCACAAGGGGACAGCACCAGUGUGGGAAAGGGCUCACCUAUAUGUAGUGGCUCCCCUGGUGAGCUAGCCACCCCCCAGGGGGCAUCCCCCGCGAAUAGAGAAAACACAGAUAUGAAGAAACAUUACAUUGGCUUAAAAACCAGAAGCAGCAUUAUCAAGGGAACCAAAAAAUUAAAAUUAUUUGGUAAAAAAAGAACCAAUGAUAUUGUUCACGUCCCUACCGAUUUGGCAACGGACUAUUUUAAGCUAAGCAACAAGACCACCGUUUACGAUAAAAGGAAGAACAGCUGGAAUUACAUUAACUCUAAGUAUAAUAAGUGGCUUAAGAAAAUGACCCGUAAGAAGAUCUCCACCGAAAUUACCAGCCCAGUUAAAAAGGUAGACGUCAUGGUGAGAUAUGCGCAGAAACAGGAAAGCAAAUAUAAGAAGGAGAAAAACAAACUGCUUAUGCGGAAGAAGGACUUGGGCAUGAUCACCAAACCGCCUAAUCAUAAGAGGGGCCAAAAGAUUUCAAAAAAUUUUACCCUAUCGGAUGAGCAAAAGAUGUUUGAUAGGGAGGCCUUUUUUAAGUACCGCGAUGUCCAAAAGUGA